CACACUGCUUGCUCAUUAAGUCAUCAACUAUAUAUAUAUGGUCGUCGAGUCGAUAAUAUAUGCAUCUCUGAUCUCUCUUGAGUCUUGUGAGAGAAAAUGGGAGCUCUUGAUUCUCUCUCUGAAUACAUCUCCGACUACUUCCACGUCUCUCGAAAAAGAAGGAAGCGUAAAGUCAAGCAGACGGUGAAUAUAAAGGUGAAGAUGGACUGCGACGGCUGCGAACGCAGAGUCAAGAACGCUGUAUCCUCCAUGAAAGGGGUGGAAACGGUGGAGCUGAACAGGAAAAUACACAAAGUGACGGUGAGUGGGUACGUGGAGCCGAAGAAGGUGUUGAAGAGAGUCGAAAGAACAGGGAAAAAGGCGGAGAUGUGGCCGUAUGUUCCAUACAACGUGGUUGCAUAUCCAUAUGCAGUGGGAGUCUACGACAAGAAAGCUCCGGCCGGUUAUGUGAGGAAGUCUGAGCAGUCUCAGCCGUUGCCUGGAGCUCCAGACGACGUGAUCAUGUCUCUUUUUAGCGACGAGAACCCCAACGCUUGCACCGUUAUGUAAUAAAUAAAGUAUCAUUGUAAUAUUACUAUCCACCGCACAUAGUACUUAACGUUUUACUCCUUUUUUUGUGUGGUAAUAAUAUGCAUAGAGGAAGAAGCAAGUAGUAUUUUCAUUAUUUAUUA